UGUAGCUGCAUGGCUGUGGACCAUCGUUCCCGCUGCGACACAGUCAUGGAUCACACAGACAUGCUUCUUCGACAUACAAAGCGCUGUAUGCCAUGCAUAUAGACAGACCACUUGCACUCGACCACUCAAUCGCCAUCUUGUUCCAGAUCGACGACUCCUUGAUCUCGCCUUCGACUCUUGCCAUCUCGUCUGCUCGUUCGUCCUGUAUGGCCCUUGUUGCCUCCACUCACCGGCUUCAUAACAAACAAUUUUCAUAUUCAGCGAUCACGCGGCCAAGAAGCAAGUCCCAACAGGCGUCUCCGCUAGGUAUCGCAACCCUCUCGAAAUCGCGCCGGAACCUACACCUCCCCCCCGCCACCAAAAGGUUCGAAGGCGCUCUCCCUUCUCCUCAGUGUCUUCAACUCCAGACGCACCGUUUGACUCGCACUGACGCUCGUCAUGGCUCCCAAGAAAAGGGUAGAGUCGGGAGCGGGAGCUGGAGCUGGUGAUGUGUCAAUCGCCAGCGCAUCGGGAGCUGCUGCGGGAGACCAGUCUACCACGGUGUUCGAUACGAGUGUCACUGCGCAGAUGAACACUGGAGAGGGUAUAGAUCAGUUCGAACUGGCUAGGUCUCAGGUACAGAAGGCUGCCAAGGGAGGUCUUCCUGCUUCUGUCCAGCUGCGCAAAGAAGUGCUCUUGGCGCUCAUGAAAGCAUCGACGGUGUUCAUCAGCUACACGACGAGGGAAGUUGCAGAGGCGGAGGGACGCAAGAACUUCAAUCCUUCGGACAUCUUAAGGGUCCUCUCUUCGCCCGAGAUGACCACCUUUCACCACAACAGGACAGUCGUCGCGGAUCUGAGAAAGGACUUCGAAGCUGCGAGCCGAAAGACGAAACAGGCUAGAGAAGAGGCUAAAGCGAAGAGGGCGAAGGCGGGGGAAGAAGCUAAAUUGGGCUCGUCAGACGUAGUUCAAGCCGGUGAAGAGGAGAGGUCAAGGAUGGAGGUGGAUGGCGAUGAGGCAGAGGCGGCUGCGGCUGAGGAAGGAGAGGAGGCGGAAGAGGGAUCGGAGGAAGAAGAGGAGAACGAUGACAACGAAGAGCAGGAUGAUGAUGAUGAAGAUGAAGAUGAAGAAGUAGAGAAUGAUGAACAGGCUGACGAGGAGGAAGAGGAUGCAGCUGAACCGAAGAGCCAGAGACGAGACCAAGAAUAAAGAAUAAGAAGAGGAGGAGGAGGAGGACCAUUGAUGUCAGUUGCGGUGCGUCGUGCUUCGCAAAGCUUUGCCAAUAGAUGCUAUUCGUGCAACCACGAAUGCAGCCCCUCCAAACGCGAGUGUUCAGUGAUCGAAAAGUCCUGCGCUCGUUCACGCUGUCGUGUAGAGGCGCUCGAAGGUGUAUACCAUUCAACACACCACGCAAGCUUGCGAUCAUGAAUCGUGUUCCAUCUGCUAGCAUUCUAAAAGUGGGCUGACAUGCUGAUCCGGCUGACGGGGAAAUGCAGAGCAAGAAUCUACAUGGGAAGUAGUCAAGGAUGUACGAUCUCGGGCUUAAUUGCCAAGCAGAGCGCUUCGCUCGUCCUCAACGUC